UUUAUGAGAACAUCAAUAUUUUCCAUUUGCUCACUUGCCGUUUGUUUAAGAAGAAUUUUAUUGCUUUCAGUUGCUUCUUGUUUAGUUUAUUUGGCUUUAUGGAAUUUUUCUUUCCCGAAAAAUCCAUUAAUUUCCCCCUCUACACAAUAUCGCUCUUUGUUGUCUAAUGAUAGGUGGAAGGAUAAUGAAAGGAGAAAAAAUGAUGAAAUGAAAAGGCCACAAAAUUCAAUAAUUUCUAAAGACGAAAGACCACUAAAUGAUUUAACAGAAGCUAUCAACUACAAUAAAUUGGAUACUUUAUUGUUGGAAACCGCAGCUUCAAAAUCUAUUUUAAUGGGGGCAAUUAAAUUAGAAGAGGUUACAGAAGCACAACAACAAAAAGAAAAGGAACUUCCUCCACAAUUAUCAAAAUCGGAAUAUUGCCCUGAAUUGGAAAAGAAUAUUUAUUUAAAAGGACAUAUUGGCCAGGCAACCCUUUUAAUUGAAGAAUUGGAAGAAGGGGAAGUGGCUAAUGCAAAUACUGAUUUGGAUCCGGGGGGAAGUUGGAAACCUUUGAAUUGUACAGCCAGACAUAAGAUGGCAGUUAUAAUUCCUUAUCGAGACAGAAAAAGUCAUUUGGUUCGUUUAUUGGAUUUUUUGAUACCUCUACUUAAAAGGCAAUUUCUCGAUUUUCGAUUUAUUGUUACUGAACAGAAUGGUGACAAUCUCUUCAACAAAGGACGUAUAAUGAAUGCCGCCUUUUUAUUUGCCCAACAAAAAUUAAAUGUAAAUUGUGUUGUCUUUCACGAUGUUGAUAUGUUUCCACAAGAUGAUAGAACACCUUAUGAAUGUCCAAUAAUUAAUGAACCUAGACAUUUGGGAGCAUUUGUCUCUUCUUUGGGAUAUCAGUUGUGGUAUAAAGAAAUUGUUGGCGGUGCCCUGGCUAUAAAUAUAAACGAUUAUUUACGGGUAAAUGGCUUUUCAAAUAGCUAUUGGGCUUGGGGAGGUGAAGAUGAUGAUAUGGGUAAAAGAAUAUUAUCAAAUAAUUUUACAAUUGGAAGGCCAAACAGCGAAUAUGUUCGUUUUUCAAUGCUCAAACAUGUUAAAAGGAAACGGGUUCAGCCUAAACUUGUGUAUAAAUUAUUGGAAGAAGCCGAAAAGAGAAUGGCAACUGAUGGUAUAAAUGAAGAGGGAAAAUGGAGGAUAUUAAAGGUAGAUAUUCGCCCACUUUAUUAUCAUUUAAUUGUUGAUGUUGGUGAUCCACCCAGUGAUUGGAAUACAAAAUAAAAAUUAAAAACAACAACAAAUUAAUUUUUCUUUCAACCUUUUCUCUUCUCUUGUUUUUCUUUUAGAAAAAAUAAAUUUUAGCACAUCAAUACUCGUCAAACAACACAAAAUUAAAAUAUUUUUAGGUAAAUUGUUUUAUUGUUUUUUUUCUUCAAAAAAUUCUUUUUUUGUUCUCUAUUUUGGAUGUGUUUAAAGCUUUUUAGUAGGAAAACUAGGUAUUUGAUAGAAGCCGAAACGGAUUUUAAAAACCGAAAAAGAGGAGAAUGAAA